GACUACGCAGGCAGGUUAGCAUUUAGCGGGGGAAGUUCGGACAUUCAUUGGUUUGUUGCUGUUCUCACUAACAAUGCUCUCGGCAAGACUUGUGGUGGCAUUCUGCGUUGCUUUGGCAGUGGAAAUUGCAACUGCUACGAUUCAUAGAGGUCAGUGCCCAGUGUCUAGUGGAGGAGGCUUUGGUUCCUGCGUAGAGCGUUGCUCAAGUGAUGCAAAUUGCACAACUGAUGAAAAGUGUUGCAGCAAUGGUUGUGGACACAGCUGUCAGAAAUCUCAACAAAUAGUUCAUGAUGGACACUGUCCUCCAACAUCUGGCGGAUUUGGUAUUUGUGUCAGCAACUGCACUGAUGAUCAGGAUUGUCAAGAUGCUGAAAAAUGCUGUAGCAAUUCAUGUGGUCAUGAAUGCAAAGCUGCUCUUCCUUUGGUUCACGAUGGAAUAUGUCCACAGCAUACAGGCUUCGGUGUAUGCACUAACCUUUGUUCGAAUGACACAGUAUGUGCUGCUCACCAGAAGUGUUGUAGCAAUGGCUGUGGGCACGAUUGUAUGACUGCGCUCGCUGCUACUACUCAACCUCCACCACUUGCAACAGUUCCUAUAACCACUGCACCUAUUGUUCAUAGAGGUCAGUGCCCAGUGUCUAGUGGAGGAGGCUUUGGUUCCUGUGUAGAGCUUUGCUCGAGUGAUGCAAAUUGCACAACUGAUGAAAAGUGUUGCAGCAAUGGUUGUGGACACAGCUGUCAGAAAUCUCAACAAAUAGUUCAUGAUGGACACUGUCCUCUUACAUCUGGUGGGUUUGGUAUUUGUAUCAGCAACUGCAUUGAUGAUCAGGAUUGUCAAGAUGCUGAAAAAUGCUGUAGCAAUUCAUGUGGUCAUGAAUGCAAAGCUGCUCUUCCUUUGGUUCACGAUGGAAUAUGUCCACAGCAUACAGGCUUCGGUGUAUGCACUAACCUUUGUUCGAAUGACACAGUAUGUGCUGCUCACCAGAAGUGUUGUAGCAAUGGCUGUGGGCACGAUUGUAUGACUGCGCUCGCUGCUACUACUCAACCUCCACCACUUGCAACAGUUCCUAUAACCACUGCACCUAUUGUGCAUAGAGGUCAGUGCCCAGUGUCUAGUGGAGGAGGCUUUGGUUCCUGUGUAGAGCUUUGCUCGAGUGAUGCAAAUUGCACAACUGAUGAAAAGUGUUGCAGCAAUGGUUGUGGACGCAGCUGUCAGAAAUCUCAACAAAUAGUUCAUGAUGGACACUGUCCUCUUACAUCUGGCGGGUUUGGUAUUUGUGUCAGCACCUGCAUUGAUGAUCAGGAUUGUCAAGAUGCUGAAAAAUGCUGUAGCAAUUCAUGUGGUCAUGAAUGCAAAGCUGCUCUUCCUUUGGUUCACGAUGGAAUAUGUCCACAGCAUACAGGCUUUGGCGUUUGCACUAACCUUUGUUCGAAUGACACAGUAUGUGCUGUUCACCAGAAGUGUUGUAGCAAUGGCUGUGGGCACGAUUGUAUGACUGCGCUCGCUGCUACUACUCAACCUCCACCACUUGCAACAGUUCCUAUAACCACUGCACCUGUUGUUCAUAGAGGUCAGUGCCCAGUGUCUAGUGGAGGAGGCUUUGGUUCCUGUGUAGAGCUUUGCUCGAGUGAUGCAAAUUGCACAACUGAUGAAAAGUGUUGCGGCAAUGGUUGUGGACACAGCUGUCAGAAAUCUCAACAAAUAGUUCAUGAUGGACACUGUCCUCUUACAUCUGGCGUGUUUGGUAUUUGUGUCAGCAACUGCAUUGAUGAUCAGGAUUGUCAAGAUGCUGAAAAAUGCUGUAGCAAUUCAUGUGGUCAUGAAUGCAAAGCUGCUCUUCCUUUGGUUCACGAUGGAAUAUGUCCACAGCAUACAGGCUUUGGUAUAUGCAUUAACGUUUGUUCGAAUGACACAGUAUGUGCUGCUCACCAGAAGUGUUGUAGCAAUGGCUGUGGACACAGUUGUAUGACUGCACUCACUGCGACCACUCAACCUCCACCUGUUGUUCAUAGAGGUCAGUGCCCAGUGUCGAGUGGAGGAGGAGGCUUUGGUUUCUGUGUAGAGCUUUGCUCGAGUGAUGCAAGUUGCACAACUGAUGAAAAGUGUUGCAGCAAUGGUUGUGGACACAGCUGUCAGAAAUCUCAACAAAUAUUUCAUGAUGGACACUGUCCUCCAACAUCUGGCGGGUUUGGUAUUUGUGUCAGCAACUGCGCUGAUGAUCAGGAUUGUCAGGAUGCCGAAAAAUGCUGUAGCAAUUCAUGUGGUCACGAAUGCAAAGCUGCUCUUCCAUUAGUUCAUGAUGGAAUCUGUCCACAGUAUGCAGGCUUUGGUAUAUGCAUUGACACGUGUUUGAAUGACACAGUAUGUGCUGCUCACCAGAAGUGUUGUGGCAAUGGCUGUGGACAUAGUUGUAUGACUGCCCUCACCGCUACUACUGCUCCUGUUGAAUCUCCAUCUGAAGGAUCCUGUCCAGGUGUUGAAGGAGAGGUUAGCUCGUGUGAAGAGCAGUGCUUUGCUGAUCGAGACUGUGAGGAAGGUGAAAAAUGCUGCUCAAAUGGAUGUGGCCACAUUUGCGUGAAGGCUAAACCUGAUGACUUGACUGGUACAGGAAGAGGAGCUGCAACUCAAGCAUCCAUCAGUUUCCUUAUAUUGCUGUUCACUGCUGUCACCUGUCUUGUUUACUAAGAACAAAACUGGUAUUGUUUUAAGGAAGUCUUGUUAGCCAUGAUGUGUGACUGUUUUUGCAGUAAUGUUUAUAAGUCUGCUGAGUAAGCUACAACAUAUGACUAUAUAUGCAUGGUUUAUGUUACUCUAUUAUACGUACAGUAUUACAAGCAUAGAUGUUUAAUUAAUCUUUUUGUCUACUAAUAAUCAUGACAUCUGCAGUUACCAGUAC